AUGGAACACCACCGGCGAUCUUUGCUCCGGAACCCUGCUUACAAGUCGCUUAUCAAAUGCGACUGCAAUUUCCAAAACUCCACAAUCUGCCGCAUUACAACUCUCAAGGUUUUCGACAGUGAAGUUGUAGGACCAAUACCUCAAGAGCUCUGGACUUUGGACUACCUCACAGUUCUGAACUUGGCUCAAAAUGUUCUCAGAGGCUCCCUGCCUCCUGCAAUUGGAAAUUUGACGAGAAUGAAAUAUAUGACUUUUGAGAUCAAUGCCUUGUCUGGCCCUCUUCCUAAGGAAAUUGGUUUGCUUAAAGAUUUAAUAUCACUUAGCAUUAGUUCAAAUAACUUUUCUGGUUCUAUACCAGCUGAGAUUGGGAGUUGUACAAAACUACAGAAAAUAUACAUAGGAAGUUCUGGACUCAGAGGGGAAAUACCUUCAUCGUUUGCUAAUCUUGUGGAGCUGACAGAGGCUUUCAUUACGGAUCUGGAAGUUACAGGUCAGAUACCAAACUUUAUAGGAAGUUGGACCAAUCUUACGACUUUCAAUCUAGUUGCUAACAACUUCACCUUGGAAGGUCUUGACAACAGAAAAACUUCCCCUGCAAUCGAGGCAAAGGAAUAUAUUCUGACUUUUCGAUCAACUGCGGAGGCCCACAAAUACGGUCUGUUAGCGGAGCAGUAUUUGAGAGGGAGGACGAGGAUCUUGGACCAGCUUCAUUUGUCGUUAGUGAUGUUCAGAGAUGGGCAGUCAGUAGUCAGCUACUACUUCACAGUCACAAUUUGUCAGCACUUUGGACUCAGAACUUUUUCAGUCAGCAAGACUUUCGGCAUCUUCCCUAAGGGAAGACUUGUUGAAAAGGAUUUUGAUGUACGCAGAACAGCUGGUGACUCUACUAUUCGAGCAGUUGAGAGAGUAUAUAAAGCAAAUGUAUCAGAAAAUUACCUCGAUUCAUCUUUCUGGGCUGGAAAAGGAACAUGUUGUAUUCCUGUCCAAGGGGCUUAUGGGCCAUUAAUAUCGGCUAUUUUACACCAACCUUUGGGAAUAAAUCAUCAUUCGAAAGGAAAGAACAGGACUGGUACCAUUGUUGGUGUCGUUGUUGGCAUAGGACUUUUGAGCAUCUUUGCAGGUGUGGUUAUCUUCAUCAUCCGUAAAAGAAGAAAGCGGUUCACAGAUGAUGAAGAGAUACUUAAUAUGGACGUAAAGCCUUACACCUUUACUUACUCCGAACUUAGGAGUGCAACUCAAGAUUUCGAUCCCUCUAACAAGCUUGGAGAGGGAGGAUUUGGGCCUGUUUAUAAGAGAGGUAGCAGUGAAGCUGUUGUCGGUGGGAUCCCGGCAAGGGAAGGGGCAAUUUGUUGCAGAAAUUGUAGCAAUUUCUGCAGUUCAACAUCGUAA